AUUCUCUUUUUUUUCUUGUAUAUAACCGAGCAUAUUUGCUUCCUAUGUUGCAUUGACGAGUUGAGACACACAUUGGCUACACAGAAUUGGCCACAGUGCCUAUCAUUGAUUCACCAAAGAAUCUGAUUUUCUCAAAGAGCAAACCAAUGUUUUGUUUUUCGUUUCAGUUUCCGCCACCUCAAUUACUUGUACAAUAAAACCACACACCUAGAAAGAAAGAAAGAAAAAGACAGAGAGAGAGAGAUUCAUAGAAUGGGAAUGGCAGCAUAACAAGAAGCUUAGCAAACCGUUGGUGGCGCUUGGGAUAGCAAUUGGCGGCGACUGGUUCCAUCAAUCAACAUUGGGAAUCUGAGACCCAAUUUCAAAUUCAAACCAAUCUCUCAAUCAAACUUCACUUAUUUAAUCCUUCCAACUCAUGCACUUUCAACAUGUUCACACAGCUUCAGGGUCUUAGAAAGUUCUGAUCUUUCACCUUAUUCCCCUUCAGUUGCAGUUUCAGGAUUGGCACAUAAUAAAUCAGUAUGCGGGACAGUGAGAAGAAGUUAAACAACAAAGGAUCUAAAAAAUCCAGUCCUUUGAAGGUGCGUAAGAAGGGCCAAGGGAAGAAGGAAAAAGUGAAAGUGGGAUCAAAAUCUCACACAAAAAAUGCUGGCACUGAUAUAUCAAGGAAGAGGGUCAUCUCUUCUCUCAAGGUCAAAGGGCCACGUAAGGAUUCUUCAGAUAAGAAAUUGAUUACUGGAAAAAAAUUGCCUAUGAAGAACAAAAAAUCUUCACAGAAGUCAUCCUCAAAGUUACAAGGCAAAAAAGCUUCUCUUAGCUCUAGAAAAGAGGGGGGAGAUGCUGAUGGGGCGGUAAAGCUUCAAAAAAUGAAGAGGAAGAGAAAGAAGAAAAGGCCAAGGAAUAAUGUGGAUCUUGAUGAUCCUUCACGCCUACAGAGGAGAACAAGGUAUCUUUUAAUCAAAAUGAAGCUAGAGCAGAACCUUAUUGAUGCUUACUCUGGAGAAGGUUGGAAAGGUCAGAGUCGAGAAAAGAUUAGGCCAGAAAAGGAGCUACAAAGAGCAAGGAAGCAGAUUUUAAAAUGUAGACUUGGUAUUCGUGAUGCCAUUCGCCAGUUGGAUUCUCUUGGUUCACUGAGUAGCAUUGAAGAUUCUGCCAUUGCUCUAGAUGGAUCUGUUUGCCAUGAACAUAUAUUGUGUGUAAAGUGCAAGGUGCAUGAAGAACUUCCAGAUAAUGAUAUUAUACUAUGCAAUGGUAAAUGCGAGCGUGCUUUUCACCAAAAAUGUCUAGACCCUCCUUUGGACACCGAAAAUAUUUCUCCUGGAGAGCAGGGUUGGUUUUGUAAAUUUUGUGAAUGUAAGAUGGAAAUACUGGAGGCAACUAAUGCUCAUCUUGGAACUCACUUCUCGUUGCACAGUACUUGGCAGGAUGUAUUCAAAGAAGAGGCAGCUAUACCUGAUGGUGAGAUUGCAUUACUAAAUCCUGAACAAGAAUGGCCAUCAGAUGAUUCCGAAGAUGAUGAUUAUGACCCAGAGAGGAAAGAAGACAGCCACAAUAUCAACAUAGAAGGAACUAAUGAUAGUGCAUCUGAGGAUUUAAGCAGUUCUACCAGUCUGUGUUCUUCUGAUGGUGAAUGUUCUCCAAUAGAUGGUGUCAGUCAUGAAUAUUUUUCUGUCAAUAGCAGCAUAGAUUCUGAUGAGUCUGAGGACAAAGCCUGUGGGCGUAGGCAGAGAAAAGCUGUUGACUACAAGAAACUUUAUGAUGAAAUGUUUGGGAAAGAUGCGCCUGCCUAUGAACUAUUGAGUGAAGAUGAAGACUGGGGUCCUGGCAAAAGAAAGCGAAGAGAAAAGGAGUCUGAUGCUGUUGAUUCUCUUAUGACUUUGCAUGAAAGUGAGAAUAGGCAUCCCAAUAAUGAGCACAACAUGACAAGUAAAGAUUCUUCAAGCAUAAAGAUCAAAAGGCAUUGUUUUAGGAUUCCACGUGAUGCAGUUGAGAGGCUUCGCCAAGUUUUUGCUGAGAACGAACUUCCUCCAAGAUCUAUAAGAGAGGGUCUUUCAAAAGAGCUGGGCCUUGACACCGAGAAGGUCAGCAAAUGGUUCAAAAAUGCACGUUACUUAGCACUUAAAAACAGAAAGCAUCAAGCAGAAGGAGUAGCAGAUCAGCUUCAGAGUAUCACUUCUACAAAGAACAGAUUACAAAAACAGGAGAAUGUCGAUCCUUUGAAAUCAAAGACCUCAAAAAUUACUAGGACACAUUCCCAGAAGGAUGUUAAAAAUGUCAAUGGAAGAAAGAAAAUGAAGUCAUCUAACAAGAAAAGACAACCAGAAAUUCCUCCACCUCCAGGAGAAAAUGGCAUGAAGGACUUUAUGGAGAUCAGUGAUGAUGUGAGCUUGAAGAAACUGUUGAAGAAAAGAAAAAAGAGGUUGAUAAAUUUUACGUUUGGAGGAGACUCUCAGUUGGCAGAGUUGGAAUUUGAAAGACUAAGCGAAUUGAAGACUAAAGUAGAUAGUAUGAAGCAAAAAUUAACUGCAAUUCAAAAUUACAGAGUUAAGGGUUCACCCUAUUCGAAUGAACCAUCCAUUGUAUAUGUACCCACAGCUGUGUUAAGGGAAAAGGUUGAAUGAUAACUUUAAUUGAAAAAUGCAGUGGGGGAAUACAUGAUUUGUAGUUAGUUCCUGUCUCACCUUUGUAGUAUUCAAAGAAAGGAACUGUUUUGAAGUUAAUGAUAUUAAUACUUGUCUCACAUCACUUGGUAUUAAAUAUUAAUGAUAUUGGCUUGCUCAAAGCCUCCUUCAGUAUGAA